AGAGGGGCGGAGGAGAGAUGGUUAGGGAGAGGGAGAUGCAGCGCCGGACGGGGAUGUAAGCGACGACAAGAAUCCUGGGGGAAUAUUCCGUUUCCGGGAGGGAAUAUUCCGUUACCCCGCCGUAGGGAUGCCGCUGGGGACGACGGGGGCCGUGGGAUCGAGAUCGGACGGCGGAGGGAUAGGGGCGGCGAGCGAGGACGCGGUGGUGAUUGAGUUCGGGAAGCGGGGUGGGGAGCCGAGCGUGAUCACCGUCAACUGCCCCGAUCAACCGGGGCUCGGAUGCGAUCUCUGCCGUACGAUCCUCGAGUUCGGCCUCUGCAUUACCCGCGGAGAUGUCUCAACCGAUGGGCAAUGGUGCUACGUCGUGUUCUGGGUCGUGCCGUGCUCGGCUUCUUUGAACAUCCACUGGACGAGCUUGAAGAACCGGCUUUUAUCGGUGUGCCCGACGUGUUCUAUUCCGUUCUACGUCGACUCGAAUCGGCCCGCGGCUUCCCAAGUUUACCUUUUGAAGCUGUUCUCCGCGGAUCGCAAGGGAUUGUUGCAUGAUGUUACUCAAGUUCUUUGCGAACUCGAGCUGUUGAUUCAUAGGGUGAAGGUCUCGACAACGCCCGACGGUCGAGUUAUCGACCUCUUCUUCAUUACAGAUGGCAUGGAGCUACUGCACACUAAGAAGAGACAGGAUGAGACGUGCGAACUGCUAAACGCGGCCUUAGGCCCUUCCGUGAGCUGCGAGAUUCUACCAGCGGAAGGUUUUCAGCAGGGAUUCUCUUCUCUCCCACUGGCAGUAGCCGAAGAGCUGUUCAUGCCGGAAUUCUCGGACGGCGAGACUUAUUCGCAGUCGCUUAGUCUAGAUAUGAAGAAGCUGAACAAGGCAAGUGUUAGCUUUGAUAACUCGUUGAGCCCCGCGCACACUCUGCUGCAGAUUCAUUGUGUUGAUCAGAAGGGGCUCCUUUACGACAUAAUGAGGACAUUGAAGGACUGUAACAUUCAGAUCAACUACGGGCGGUUCCUGUCGGAUACGAAAGGAUUCAGAGAGGUCGACCUUUUUAUUCAGCAAACUGAUAGGAAGAAGAUAUUAGAUCCCCAGAAACAGGAAGUUCUCAGUUCUCGUCUAAGGUCGGAAAUGCUCCAUCCUCUGCGGGUUAUGAUCGUCAGUCGUGGCCCAGACACCGAGCUCGUAGUUGCGAAUCCGGUCGAAUUAUCUGGAAAGGGGCGGCCCCGUGUAUUCUAUGAUGCAACGCGCGCAUUAAAAGCGCUCGGCAUCUGCAUUUUCUCGUCUGAAAUUGGGAGGCAAACAGCGUCGGAGAGGCAAUGGGAGGUGUACAGAUUCCUCUUGGAUGAGAGCAGGGAGUUUCCUCUAGCGAAUAGCUGCGGUAAUGGAGAUCAGGUUGUGGAUAGAGUCAGGAGAACACUAAUGGGUUGGCGAUAAGCUCGACUCGUGCCGAAUCACCGCAAUUCCCCGUAGUAAAGCUCGGGGAGGGCGUUCGAGUCCCAGUUAGAACUCCCUGGGGUGCAGGUAUCGAGCUCCAAGUUCCAGGUUCUCGAAAAAUAGUGCGAGGAAGUUGUAACAGGCUUCUCUAGUGUUCUCCCGAUGUAUCCAGCUAAUGGUCCUUCUAGGUCAUGCAGUGUUCAACUUUACAGUGCAUUUGUAAUCUGGCAGUCACUAUCUUUCCUCGUUAUAACUAGUUCGAUAUAGAAAUCAGGUUUUAAAGGUAUAAGCCUGUUCGGUCGCGCUGAAGCUUCUUCCGUUUUCUCGUGAUUAUUUGUACAUUGUUAGUUGUUUUCUCUGACUGAUGAUUCUGCCGAAUCUUCCGCUGCUGUACAGUGGAUACCAGCUUUUUCUGGAAACUCUGAUAGAUCUGAGCAUCACUGCUUCAGCAAAUGUGCACGGACACAUCUCAACAACUUAAGUUUUUUUCAUUAA